ACUCGAUGCCCAAUGGUGAACAAGCUCUGGAGCAAGACCAGGAGGGAGAGGACAGCGCGGAGGAAAGCAUCGAUUGACAAUCUCUAGAAGACGAGGACGAGGAGGAGAGCGAUGAGUCGGGUGACGAUGAGAUAGUCGACUCGCCACCUCGUACGGAACGUCGAUCCAAGCUACUCCAUGAUCCAGCGGGUGGGCGUGGCAAGACCGUGGCUCCAAGCACCCAAACAUAGAAGCGUACUCGGACUUCGACUCCAGAGCCGAUGGAGAAGGUCGCCAAGUAGCCCAAGGUCGUCCCCUCAAAGGCUCGGAAGACCUUGCCCAAGAUCAAUAUGGAUGUUCCUGUUGCCUCCGGCCCAGCCUCCGCCGCGACUGACAUGGACGUUGACAAGGCCCCAGGUGACAAGGAAGCUGAUGACGCGGCCACCUCCAAAGCUACUCCACGGGAUGUUGUCGUGCUUCCGGAUGAUGAUGAAGAAGAAGUGCCUCUGAGGGAGAGGAGGAGGAGGGGCAAGGCAUCAUGCGGGAAAGUGCCCGAGGUUCAGGUCCCUCAGUCGACAAUGGUGCUUGAGACAGUGGUCGAGCGAUCCGGAGAUUCGGCUCGGACCAAUGUUACUUUCGCCAAUCCGCUGUCGACUGAUUGUCCAUCGGGGCGACUGCUCAGACCUCUGCCGCUCUAGUACAACUCCAUGCAUCUGACCCGGUGGAUGCUUUGAAUGCCUUACCAUCAUCUCUCUUCACUGCGUACCAGACUCCAGACGACUCACCGAGUGCUGCCAGGGAGGCUCUUCUCCAGGUAAAUCUUGUGUUGGAGC